AUGCAAUGCUCAUUUCCGCUGUGCCACGCUCUGAUUUGGAAUGUGCUUUUGUUCGGGUGUAGCUCUGCAGGUUUGAUUAUUCUUUCAGUUAGUAUGUCCUGUGAAGGAACGUCUGCAGGUAACGGAGAAUUGGUUGUCGGGAACGAUGCUGGAGAACACGGUGAGGAUUCAACUGCUGAACAUUCCAAAAACGCAAACGAUUCGCAAAUUAAUGAAAAGGGUCUGUCGAAAAAUGCCUUGAAGAAGCUGAAAAAUCGAGAAAGAUGGCUGGAACACCGCAAACGUAAACGUUUGGAAGAAAAACAACGGAAGAAGGAGAAGCGAAUCGCUCUGAAGGAAGCGGGUCUUGGGGAAGCGCUCAAGCGGUUUCGAGGCAAGACAAUGGAGCAGUCAUCAUGCAGGAUUCGCGUAGCCAUAGAUAUGUCGUUUGAUGAUCUUAUGUCGGAAAAAGACUGUCGACGUGCCGUACAGCAGCUGAACUGGAGCUAUUCUGCCAACAGACGCUUACCGGAACCCCUUCAGUUUUACAUAACUUCUUUCGAAGGGCUCAGUAGAAAGAUCUACAGCAGCAUCGAGUCCAACCAGAACCAAGAUAUCUUUUUGAAGACUGAGUCGAUAAGCGAAUUGUUCAAGCCGAGUGAAAUUGUGUAUCUCACAGCAGAUUCAGAUAAUGUAUUGACAGAACUGGAAGACACCAAAGUCUAUGUGAUCGGCGGUCUUGUUGACCACAACAGCCAAAAAGGCCUUUGUUACGAAGUGGCAACCAAAGCUGGAUACAACCAUGCACGGCUUCCGAUUGACGAGUUUGUGCAAAUGAAAACACGCAAGGUGCUCACGAUCAACCAUGUAUUCGAAAUACUGGCACACUUUUCCGAUCAUGGCGACUGGGAGAAAGCGUUUUUCACAGUGAUACCACCUCGGAAAGGAAUGGUUAAGAAAAUGACUGCUGGAAGCGAUGUGAGCUUAGAUGGAAAAUCCUCUCAACUAGCCAGUGAGGUUGGUAGUGAAGAAGAGGAUUCCGACUCUCCGUCAUCGAAGAAAAUCCACAUGGACGACCAACAGGACUUACUGACCGUGCUUUCCUGA